AUGCCAGUAGACUUGCAAAUGGGAACACCGAUCAUAACUGUUGAUUGGUGGUUCCUUUUUUCAAAACAAUCAGAAGACAACGAACAUGGUGGAGGCUUUGUAUACAUGGAUUCUAAUAAUCUAUACCUUGACAUUGAAGAAGAUCAACUGGUUCCAAACAAACCCGCUCAUGACCCGAUCAAUAUCAAAGUGUUUUGGGAGAGACAUACAAAGAGAGCUUACGAUAACAACAAGGAUGUCUACGAUGAUUGUAGAACAAAAGGGAGCAAAAAGGUCAAGGAAGGCUUGGUCAAACCCGGAUGUGUAGACCAAAAACGCAUAGAGGCACAGGUUUGGUACCAUGACAUCUUGGGUCGUGCCGGUAAUGGUAAAAAACAACCUACCGCCGAGGCUAGUGACGAUGAUAGUAUUAAUCAUGAGGAAGCGACAACCCCUGGUGGUUAUAGACACGCUCACGCAAAGUAUCUUAUAUCUGUAGACAGUGAGACUGGAAAUGGAUAUAUUAUCGACCAUUCACUCAACAUUCCAUCACUCCCAAUUGAUACAGGCAUUCAAUGGUCUGAGGACUAUCAGCUUUUUGGUGAAAAUGUUGGUGGUUCAGAUGGCAAGUUUGUAAUGUCACAUCACAGUUUUUGUACCAAUUUCGAAGCAACUGAAUUUGACCAACUAAUGAUCAUUAUUGGGAGGGGAAAUCCACACUUCACCAGAACAAACUAUAUGGAUGAUCACCCUGAUCCGGAUAAACAAGGUUCGCUCUUAUCCAAAAACCACCAAUACAAUAUCAAAGAGAGAAUUGGUGAAGUAUUGGGUUUAUUCGACGUACCAGAUGGAUUGUGUGAGGAUUUUUACAGCACUCUUUUACAGUAUGCCAAUGUGGAAACUAACGAAGGAGCAACCGAAAGGGAAAGAUUAGCUGCUUUUAUUCGUCACCCUGCCAAUAACCCCCUUGGUAUUUGUAUUAAUACUAUGAAUCUAGCCACUGGAAUGACCAUUUAUGGUUUUGAUAUUAGAAUGAAACCAUUUGAACUUUCUGACCCCGGUUUGCAUACUGGUAGGGCUGGUAUGCUUGACAGCAAUGUUCAAAAGGAAGUGGGUCAAAUGAAAACAAUUGCUCACCUUGGAAUGGAUCCAUUCACAUUCAUUGCAAAGACUGAUCAAGAUGUUUACUUUGUCUCAACCUAUUCACAACCCCGUCGUAUUGAUAUUCCAUCUAUUUAUGUAGCCGACGAAGAUUGGGGAAUCUUUAACAUCAGGGGUUGGAAAUAUGAUGGUGCUGUUAAUCAACACAGACAUGAAAAAUUAUCAUUCUCAAUAUUAGGAAGAGUUUGUGUUGGUGAUGCAAAUAGAAAUUUGGUUCAUACUCUAUAUGCUGGAAUUUAUAUAUGUUUCCAAAAUAAAAAGCUGGCAGAUGAACUCUAUGAGAUGAUAAACCAUAUUGAUAUAUCGAAUAGUUAUACUUAUGAUCAACAAGGAACCCUUUUGUUUCCAGAUACCCCUGAUAUCAUUGGUCGAGAAGAAUUCCCACCAAUGUCAAAUAGGUUGGAUGCUGUCGAGAGAGCAUUGCCAUCUCUGAUGUUCCCACUUGCUGGUCAAACUACCACUACCACUACCACUACUACUACAACGACAACGACAACUACAACUGCAACUACAAAUAAUAAUAACAACAAUAACAAUAAGAACACCAAAAAGAGGUCAUCCAAAGCAACAUUAAAAAAUCCAUCAAAAUCAAAAUACUCUCGUGUAUCUUCUGACAAUGAAGAAGAUGAUGACAAUAAUUAUAAUAACCUUUCUGGUAAUGGAUAUGAUGAUGAUGAAGAUGAAAAUUAA